AUGAAGGAAUUGAUGAUUCUCCAAGGUGGAUCAUACGGCAACAUCAAGGUUAAAGGUGCUGUUCAAUUGCCCAAAGCACCAAUGUGGUUGCGAAAAUCUUGUGGUCGUUUGUUAUCCCGUCUACUAGUUUAUCCAGUUGUAACUGAUACCGUAAAUGUUGGAGAAUCCAAAAAUGUGCAAAAUUUGGGUGUUAAGAAAUCUGUUCACACUUCCAGUGCUGAUAAUAGUAAAUCAUGCUAUGAAAAUUACUGCUCCCUAAUUUGUACCCAGUUGUUGGAAAUAAUGGAGUCGAAAAACACCAUAGUGGGUAAUGAACAUGAUUCAUCCGUGAUUUCUCGCUUCUUUUAUGAUACUGCGAUUAGAGCUGUGCAUGAAUUAUGUCAAAAGUCUCCUGAAAUAGGCAAAAGAUUACUUCUUUGGCCAUUAAUUGGUUUACUAAGAGAAUUUUGUCAAAUACCUCCGAAUAUAAUGAAUAAAGAGUCAACAGAUAAGGAAUCGCUAUCAUUUGAUUUUACUGUUAAACGUCAACUGGCUUCACAGGAUGAUUUAGCACGUCUCCUCCAAAACACCAAAGAUCUUUUGGAAUGUCAUGAAAAGUCGUCAACUGUUGUUGAGGAAAUAUGCAAAUUAUCUAGACCUUUGUUUUUGCUACUUGCUCAAAGUAUUAAAGAUGGCAACGAGGCUAGUGAGUUGGGAAGCUUCACAUCAUUCAGGGAAUGCCUGAUCUGGAUUCUUACACAUCUGUUAUCUUGUUCAAAUUCUCGUCUCAAUCGGUUAUCACUGAUACGAAGUUGGUUUAAUCUACCCCCUCCUUCCUUAGAAUUUAUGCCAUCAGAAACUACAGAAUGA